AUGGCCGCGGGCGGGCGGGCGGCCGAGCCGCCGGCCGAGCUCAGCCACUACGUGGUGGCGCGGCCCAUCUACAGCGAGCCCGGCUUCCAGGAGGAGAACGAGCGGCGGCCGCCGCUGCCGCCCACGCUCCGCGAGCGGGCGCAGGCGGCCUGCAGAUGUUCAAGGAAAAGGGCCUUUCAGAUUGCCAAGUCCUUUCUGCCCAUCCUGGAGUGGCUGCCCAACUACCGGGUGAAAGAGUGGCUGAUCAGCGACAUCAUCUCGGGGCUCAGCACCGGCCUCGUCGCCACCCUGCAAGGUUUGGCAUAUGCUUUGCUGGUUGCAGUCCCUGUUGGAUAUGGUCUCUAUUCUGCUUUUUUCCCCAUCCUGACAUACUUUUUCCUGGGAACAUCAAGGCACAUCUCAGUUGGUCCAUUCCCAGUAGUCAGUUUGAUGGUGGGAUCUGUUGUAUUGAGCAUGGCCCCUGAUGAGAAUUUUCUCAUAGAAGGCAGUAAUGCUACAGGGACUAAUGGCACUGGGGCACUGAUAGACACUGAAUCCAGAGAUGCACAGAGAGUGCUGAUUGCUAGUACUCUCACAUUCCUGGUUGGAAUUUUACAGGUUAUAUUUGGAGUUCUCCAGAUUGGUUUCAUUGUGAGGUAUCUUGCAGAUCCACUAGUUGGGGGGUUCACAACUGCAGCUGCUUUUCAAGUGCUUGUGUCACAACUGAAAAUAGUUCUGAAUGUUUCAACUAAAAAUUAUAAUGGUGUCCUUUCCAUAAUAUAUACUCUUGUUGAAACAUUUGAAAAAAUUGGUACCACCAACAUUGCAGAUCUUAUUGCUGGACUCCUCACCAUUUUUGUCUGCAUGGUAGUUAAAGAAAUAAACGAUCGGUUCAAACACAAGAUACCUAUACCUAUACCAAUAGAAGUUAUUGUGACAAUAGUAGCCACUGGCAUUUCAUAUGCUGCUGACUUGGAAAAAAAAUACAAUGCAGGCAUUGUUAAAAGCAUUCCAAGAGGAUUUUUGCCUCCUGAGCCUCCAAAUGUCAGCCUGUUUUCCCAGAUGAUUGCAGCCUCCUUUUCCAUUGCUAUUGUUGCUUAUGCUAUUGCUGUAUCUGUGGGGAAGGUGUAUGCAACCAAGUAUGACUAUGCUAUUGAUGGAAACCAGGAAUUUAUUGCCUUUGGGUUGAGCAACAUUUUUUCAGGUGCCUUUUCUUGUUUUGUUGCAACCACUGCUCUUUCAAGGACUGCAGUCCAAGAAAGUACUGGUGGAAAGACUCAGGUUGCUGGUAUAAUCUCAGCUGGGAUCGUUUUGAUUUCUAUUGUUGCCCUGGGGAAAUUGCUAGAGCCAUUACAAAAGUCUGUGUUGGCAGCUGUAGUCAUAGCUAACUUGAAAGGGAUGUUCUUGCAAGUGUUUGAUGUUCCCCGUCUAUGGAGACAGAAUAAAGUGGAUGCUAUGAUCUGGGUUUUUACAUGUAUAGCAUCCAUCAUUCUGGGACUUGAUUUGGGAUUACUUGCUGGCCUUUUGUUCGGAUUGUUGACAGUUGUGCUGAGAGUUCAGUUUCCUUCAUGGGGAGGCUUUGGAAACAUUCCUGGCACAGACAUCUACAAGAAGGUCAAGGACUACAAAAAUGUUAUAGAACCAGAAGGUGUGAAGAUUCUCAAGUUUUCAAGUCCAAUUUUUUAUGCUAACAUUGAUGGACUGAAAAGCAGCCUCAAAUCCACGGUGGGAUUUGAUGCAGUCAAGGUAUAUAAUAAGAGACUCAAAGCACUAAGGAAAAUACAAAAGCUAAUCAAGAAGGGAAAAUUAAAAGCUACUAAGAAUGGUAUCAUCAGUGAGCCUGGUAUUAAUAAUGAAGCUUUUGAGACUGAUGAGGAACCUGAAGACAACCAGGAUAUUCAAGUUCCCACCAAAGAAGUAGAGAUCCAGGUGGACUGGAAUUCAGAACUCCCAGUCAAAGUAAACAUCCCCAAGGUGCCCAUCCACAGUCUCAUUCUUGAUUUUGGAGCAGUAACCUUCUUGGAUAUUGUAGCUGUGAGAUCAAUAAAAACGAUAAUUAAAGAGUUUGAGAGAAUUGAUGUGAGAGUAUACUUUGCUUCAUAUCAAGACAACCUUAUAUCUCAGCUGGAACGGGGUGCUUUCUUUGAUGACACUGUCAGAAAAGACAUUUUUUUCUUGACUGUCCAUGAUGCUGUGCUCUACAUAAGAAAUCAAAUGACAUACAGUGACAACCAGGAUCCCAUAUUUGAGAAGAUCUCACUCAUGCAGGAAUCUAAAGAACCCAUAGAGUUCACAGAAGCCAGCCAGCCUGAUGAUGAACUUGAUGUUCAGGAAGAGGCUAUGCGCCGACUUGCUUCCUGAAGGACUGCGGGCACUGCCCUGCCUGUGAGUGCACGGCAAUAUUCACGCACCAAUUCUAUCUAUACCAGCAUUUUCUGCUAUGAAACCAAUCUUUGCACUUGAAGAAAACCCUGAUUGUUUGUCUGAAUGAUACAGAUCUCUAUAACUCUCCAAAUUUUAGCUAACAUUGUCCCAGAUAUAUUCUGGACCUUGAUUCUGCAAGCACUUUCUGCUAUGAUAUGUAUUAAUAAAAAAGAAAAUCAGAAGACUAUUGUGAAAGAUGUACUCAGUUUUGGGAUUAGUCAGGAAGAAGUUGCACUACACUUAUAUCAGUGUGUACAGGAUGAAAAGCUGCUCUGUGGUCUGCCCAGGAGAGUGGAAGAGACCAAAAUCUUUGGAUGGCAAGCCUUUUGUUCAAUAUUUGUACAAAGCCUAGUGAAAGGGCGGGAGUUCUAGCUGGCCAAGGCUUUGAAUUCUAGAACAUUCAUGUGAGAGUAUGUGCUGACAAGCCUUGAGAAAUGUACCACGACCAUUUUUUUCAAGCAAUUCCUUAAAUUGCUGCAGGUAGUUAGAUCACUGAAAGAGGUGACAGGUGAAAUUGUCACACGAACAAAAAAGAGCACUGAGCUAUGGUAAUACUUCAAAUAGGAAAAGUUUCUAAAGACCCUUGGAUAUGGGUUCAUUAGUUCUGUAUUAAUCCUAUUGUAGCAAGUCUUGCACUACUAUUAAUGAUUGUCCCUUAAAUGAAGGGCAGACAGAAGAUUAUUAAGAUUAUUUUGGCUAGGUUAUAUAAUCUUCAUCAAGAGGCAGAUCAUGACAUAAAUUAAGGAGAACCUUAGUCCCUGGGUACUUAAUGAAAUCUGUAAAAUUGAUACUGAAGUAAGAAAGUCAGAAUGUGACCUUGUAUUGAGGUUGGGUUUUUUUGUUGUUGGUUCUUUUUUUUUUUUUUUUUUUUUCUUUUUAUGCAAUAUA